UUUUUUUUUUUUCUUUGUUGUAGUUGUCGAUACCCUUAUUUUCUCCUUGAUGUCUAGAAGCUAUUAAAUCUGUCAGUUAAUUAUGAAAUUCUCAUUCAUACCUUAUACAUUUAUAUACAUACUCACGAAGGAAGAUGCAUUAAUAAAGGAUACAAGUAUAUAUAUAUGUAUCUAUACUACCUUACAGCACAUCCAAGAUCAGUCAGAUACCAUGACUUUCUUUUCAGGAUAAAUAAAUAAAUACUCUUCCUUUAAUUAAGAAAUACACACAUACAUAUGUAUAUGUACUUUUACUUGAUGCAUGAAGAUAAUUACUGUUCAAAUAAAUAUAAGAUGUAUCUCUAUUUAUUUGAUGACAUAAUACAUAUUAUGCCUCUUAUAUGUAUGCGUGUGUGUGUCUUUAAAAUAUCAUAUACAAAUAUAAAUAUACAUAUUUGCUUGUGUACUGAACAAGGAAAACAGAGAAAGGGUUAAGUUUAGUAGUAAGAGAGAGAGAGAAAGAGAGAGAGAAAAAAAGGGGAGAGAGAGAGAGAGAAGGAGAAGGAAUAGGAGUAGGAAGGGGAGAGUCCACUCUCUUUUUUUUUUUUUUUUUU